GACGGUAUAGCUAACUCUAUAGUUUAUAUGGAUAACUUUGGUUCCACUAUUUAUAUCAAAUGGGAGCCCUCUCCUCCAUAAACCCUUAAGUUUAAUGUUAAUGGCCACAUAUCAAAAGGAAUAGCUUCUUAACUUGUGGCGGAUUAUUUAGAGAUGUUCAGAGUGGUCUUCUCCAAGGUUUUUAGUGCAAUUUUGAUCACAAUAAAUUUCAGGAUUAUGAGAUGUGGAGUUUAUUUCAUGUUAUGUGUAUUGCUCGUAUUAAUAUGUAAUCAAGACAUUUGGAUUGUCUCAUUAAUAUCAGACCGUCUAGAUUUCUAGAUUUUAACUAUUAUAAACCACCUAAUUUUAAUCAAACAAUUCAGAUAUAAUAUAACCAUCUGCAGUGUAGUCACCUCUCUCCGAUUACGUAUCAUUCGAAUCCAAACGAGAGAGUAUAGACUAUUUGUCUCUUUCUGCCUAGAACGUGCCUACAUAAGAAAAAUCUUGUGAUAAAGAACGCUUCCUUCGUGUCAUAAUUUGUGAGGUGGAGACCAGAAAAAGGGUUUGAUUGACUUCAGAAACUGCCUCGUAGUUGUGUCUUUCAGAAGAACAACCCGACAAACACAGUACUAACACUUUUCUUCCCAAAGUACAUAGAUUGUGACCUUUAACCCAAUCCUUCUAGAUUAUUGUUUCUUCUUUAAAUACUCUCAUCUGGGUCAAGCUUCAAAAUCACUCUUUUUUGCUUCUUCUUCUUCUGCCUCUUAUGUUCCAGUUUCAGACAACUUUCUCGUGUUGUUGAUCACUCCUAUUAAGCAGGUCUUAUAUUUAAGUCAGGACUAUUGCUAUGUCAAUUGCACCAAUUGAUAGUAUAGCCUCAUUGAGUAAUGAUCUCUUCUAUGACAUAUUAAAACGACUCGAUGGCCCUGCAUUGGCUAGUUUAGCUUGUACAUGUGCAGCAUUUUGUUCCAUUUCAAAAGAAGAGAGUUUAUGGGAAAACGUAUGUGCAUCCGUGUGGCCAUCAACCAAUAGGGAGGAUGUCAAAAGUUUAAUAUCCUCUAUCGGCGGUUUCAGAAAAUUCUACGCCGAUUGUUUUCCUCUUAUCGUAAACAAGGAGGUCGGACAGUAUCAAUGGAACAACUAUCUAGAAUACCCUGAUGAUUGGACCGAAGCCGAAUACUAUGGGGAUACAAAUGAAUUUGAAAGCAUCACCCCAUCGGAUUUUGUUUCCAUCGUAGACAUUAGGUUUAAGGGGAAAUCAAUCUGCUCCAAAGUUCUAUCUGGAAUUCCAAACGCAAACGAUAAUGGUGGUUGGUUCUACAACUGUCCUUUUCGUAUCGAUCUCCUUACAUACGCAGAUAGAGAUGAUAACAACGACGAGGAAGUGACCCUUUCCGUAUCCGACGGUCUUCCACCGAUUACAUCGAUGGAAAGAGAAAGGAAAGACGGGAAACUAUGGCACGAGCUUCGUGACGGUCUAUUUCUUAGUUGGAUAUUAGUAAACAAGAAAAUAAAGCAAGCUGCAAAUCUUGCUAGCUGGAGUCCUCUCGACGGUCAAAGACAUUGGCCGACCGAUAAAGACUUUGUCAUCCGAUUCGGAUCUGUUCUACCUGCACAGGACAUUCUUCCUUCUCAAGUAGUGCAAUGUAUCCUUGUUAUGAAGUUUCGAGUGGUUCACAUUGAAGAAGAAGGGUUUGAAACAAGUCUUAAAUUAACAGAACUUAGCAUGCAGUUGGAAGACAUGGAAGGUGCUCAUGUUAAUGGAAAAAACAGUUUGCAUAUUCUUAAGGAAGCACUUAGCUGCAGAAGAAGCAAAAACUAUAGUGAAGUUAUUGAAUCUUGUCAUAUGUAUUCAAAAGUGCAAAAUGAGUUAAAAGAGGAAAAGAUGAGAAGUGAAAGUAGGUUGGAUACACUUUGUAUUUUAAGUGGCAUUGCUGCUUUUAUGACAUUCUGGUACUAUGUUUUGUGAAUAAUGGUAUGAAUUUAGGGACUCUUUGUAA